UUCCACCUGCUCAGUCAGUUCUCAUUCCAUAACUCACCAUGUCUUCCGCUACCACCGUCACCAAGACCAACAUUGGCGUGUACACCAACCCCAACCACGACUUGUGGAUUGCGGAGACCACCCCCAAAGUCGAGGAUGUCCAGAGCGGCAAGGGCCUGCAGCCCGGCGAGGUCACUGUUGAGGUGCGCAGCACUGGUAUUUGCGGAUCCGAUGUUCACUUCUGGCAUGCUGGAUGCAUCGGUCCCAUGAUUGUCACUGGCGACCACGUCCUGGGCCACGAAUCUGCCGGCCAGAUUGUUGCCGUCGCCCCUGAUGUCACUCACCUUAAGCCCGGCGAUCGUGUCGCGAUCGAGCCCAACAUCAUCUGUAACGCCUGCGAGCCCUGCCUGACUGGCCGCUACAACGGUUGCGAGAACGUCGCCUUCCUGUCCACCCCGCCCGUCGACGGUCUGCUCCGCCGCUAUGUCAACCAUCCUUCCAUCUGGUGCCACAAGAUCGGCAACAUGAGCUAUGAGGACGGCGCCCUCCUGGAGCCCCUCAGCGUGACCCUGGCCGCCGUCGAGCGCAGCGGGCUGCGCCUGGGUGACCCCUUGCUUAUCACCGGUGCCGGUCCCAUUGGUCUGAUCAGUCUGCUUAGCGCUCAGGCAGCCGGUGCCUGCCCCAUUGUCAUCACCGAUAUCGACGAGGGUCGUCUGGCCUUCGCCAAGAAGCUGGUCCCGUCGGUUCGCACCUAUAAGGUGGAGAUUGGCAAGUCGGUCGAGGAGUCGGCUGAUGGUAUCAUCAACGCCAUGAAUGAUGGCGAGGGCUCCGGCCCCGGUGCUCUGCGCCCGAAGCUGGCCCUCGAGUGCACGGGUGUCGAGAGCAGUGUCAACUCCGCCAUCUGGAGUGUCAAGUUCGGCGGCAAGGUGUUCGUGAUCGGUGUCGGCAAGAACGAGAUGACCAUCCCCUUCAUGCGCCUGAGUACCCAGGAGAUUGACCUGCAGUACCAGUACCGCUACUCCAACACCUGGCCCCGCGCCAUCCGUCUGGUGCAGAACGGUAUUAUUGACCUGCGCCAGCUGGUUACCCACCGCUUCGCCCUUGAGGACGCCCUCAAGGCGUUUGAGACCGCUGCCAACCCCAAGACCGGUGCCAUCAAAGUACAGAUUAUGAGCUCUGAGGAGGAUGUCAAGGCUGCCACUGCUGGUCAGUCCAUCUGA